UAAAGUCAACCAGUCUGUUCAGUUGGGUGAAGUGAGCACACCUUUUCGGUUUUGAGGAUUUUAAAGGGCCAACUCACUGCGCGUUUGGGAAUAGUGUUGAGAGACUGACUUCCGGUUUUUCAGCUGAAUUUUGUUAAGUGCAGUGUCCUGGAUAAACAUGAUAUAGGGAUUUAUCAGUAUACGUGAACCAACGCGAGGAAGGAGAGUGUUUUGGGGUAUUCAGAGAACACCGUCAUGAACGGCGUUGGAAACGGUUACUACCGUGACGAUCGCUGGGACGACAACGUCUCCCGAACAUCCAGGACUUGAUUUGUCGUGGCUUUAAGUGGAGGUGUUAAAUCCCCCGAACCCGCAAAGUUCUUUUCUUGAAAAGGUAAACCAGUUCGGCGUGCGAGCGGGAACGAAUGUCUCCUUACAGGAGCGAUCCCAGAGGAGGUGGACACCACUCCAACGCCAGCAAUGGCUAUUCCUCAGACAACGGCUCCGUCGGGAGCGCAGACGACGGACCCACUUACGUGCUGGAGCACUUGGCCACCUUCAGGGUGUCCCCGGAGUCCGACCUGAUCUACCCGGCCGACGGGAUGCGUCGACUCCUCCACAUGGAGAAGACUUCCGGCAUUUGGACCCAGAAGAUGCUGAUGAAGCUCGACAAGAAAUGGGUCUACAUCCAGUCACACGAGAAUGGGGACACAGUGGAGAAAUUCCCAAUGGAGUUGAUCCGCGAACCAACAGCUUUCACAAGUGACGACCCUAAAGAGCUGUACAACAACAUAUUCAUUUUUGUCGUGGCUGAGGAUCCCAAGAGGAAUUACCAGAACCCAACAGAGAUGCACAUUUUCCAGUGCCUUCGAAUCAGUGCUAAAGAUGUUGUGGAGGAGGUCAAGCUUUUCAUGUCUGGCAAGGGUGCUUCAGCUCGAGGGAGGGGUGCCCGAAGAGAGCAUAUUCCCCCUCCCCCACAGGAGCCUGCACCAGAACCCCCUUUGGCCAACGGAUACAGAGGCGAUUUCUCUGACAGCGAGGUGAGAGGGGAGGCCAGAGGACCCAGGUCGGAGAGGUCGAGCGUGAGCCACAACGACGAUGUGUCGUCGACGAGCAGCGAGAAGUACGAGAGGGACGUGGCCAUCCUCAACUCCUGCUUCGACGACAUCGAGAGGUUCAUCGCCAGACUCCAGCACACCGCUGCCGCCACGCGAGAGCUGGAAAGGCGCCGCAGGUCUCGUAAGUCCAAGAAGAAAGACAUCGGUGAUGGUCUUCUGUCCAUGCGUGCCAAGCCUCCACCAGAGAGGGAGUUUGUUGAUAUCUUCCAGAAGUUCAAACUGUCUUUUAACUUAUUGGCUAAGUUAAAAGCUCAUAUUCAUGACCCCAAUGCCCCAGAGUUGGUCCAUUUCUUGUUCACUCCAUUGGCUCUCAUUGUGGAUGCCUCCAGGGACUCCAAUUAUGGACCAAAUCUACCCAGUAAGGUUUUGUCUCCAAUGCUCAGCUUGGAUGCAAUUGACCUUCUGACGAACUGCUUAACCUCUCGGGAAACAGAGCUGUGGCAGAGCCUCGGUGACACAUGGUGCAUUCCACGAAAUAUGUGGAAGUAUAAUGUCCCUCCAUACCAACCAGUGUUUUCCAGUGGUUGGGCUCCUGAACUUAUUGAAGACAACAGAGAACGAUCAAACAUAUUGGCAUCUGAGGUUGCUUCUGAAGCCAAGAGGACAAGGGCUGAGGAAAUCAGAAAUGCCCAGAGAGAGGAUUCAGAUGAAUUGGAAAAGGAUAUCAGCUUUAAAGCUGAGAUUAGGCAAGGACGUCAUCGAGGGGAUGAAUAUGGAAGUGAUUAUUACGACUCUGACAGAAGGGAAGCCUCACCAACACCUGGCCGAUAUUAUCCUGAUAGGCCACGAUCUAUGACACCACCAUCAGAGUAUCCUCAGGCAGGACGUAGUGACAUUUCCCAGGAUUCUAUGGAUCAGCCCACAUUUGAGAAGCACCAGAGGCAGUGGCUGUCUGAGCUCAAGUCACGUGGAGCCAAGAUAGUGCAGGUCACUUAUCCACGCACAGCCAACAAUGACAAGGAACUGACUGUGGUUCGUGGAGAAUACCUUGAGGUAAUGGAUGAUAGUCGAAAGUGGUGGAAGGCCAUGAAUGCAAGAGGGCAGAUGGCUCAUGUCCCACAUACUAUUGUCACUCCUUACUCGGAUCAAGAUGGCUCUGAUCCUCGUCGGGGUGCUCCCCCUCCAGUUUGGAAAGACCGACAAGGCAAGAAAGUAGGCCCUCCUUAUAUCUUCCAACACCCUAAAGUUCCAGCCGAUUUUGAUUCAGAUACAAGUGAUGAUGACACUCAGAUCCAGUUUCCAGAUUAUGCCUCAAAUGAGUCAAGUGAUGAGGAGCCACCAGCACGUAAGAAGUCGCCCCCUAAAAAGUCCAGUAGUAUCCCUGAGCCUCCUCCCCCACCUCCCCCUGACUUUACUCCCACUCAUUCAGUUGCCCGAAAACCUCCUAAGAAGCAGUUUACUGAUAUUUAUGGGACUACCAAAUCCAAUGCUGACCUAAUGAAUGAAGAGCUGAAGAUGGUACUAGAGUCCUUCAGGCGUUCAAGACCCCACCUAGAUAUUGUAAAAACUCCUGAUGUCUACAUCAAUCAGUCUUCUACUCCGCAAGAAGUUCAGAACUGGCUCAAACUGAAAGGGUUCUCAAAGAGGAUAACAAAGCAGUUUGAGGGAGUAAAUGGUGAGAAACUGUUUGCCCUUGAUCGUAGGCAACUAGAGGAAUUUUGUGGAAAGUCAGAAGGAGCCCGCCUGGAUUCUCAAAUAACUAUACAAAGAAACAUAUCAGGGUACAAAACUGCAAGGUCAUCAGAGCUGCGACAGAUAUUGGCUCGGCAAAGAAAUAAGGUUGACGGUGGGAAAGAAGAUUCAAAAGAUGAAAAGAUAGCUGAUAAUUUCAGUUUCCUUAAAGGUUAUGAAACUGAUGAAGAAUCAGAGGAAGAGGUGGAAUCAGGGGCUGCUGGAGGAAAUCCUGGGACAAACACUUUAAAAGAACAAAUCAAGAAGCAGCGUAAAAAAAUUAUAAAUCAGUCUUUUGAUGAUAAAGCAUCUCGUUGAUGUUUUGUUAAAGUAGAAUAGUACUAUGUAUAUUUCUUAAUGCUCUUGUACAGUUAUAAAACUUUGAGAAAUUUAUUGAAUGAAUUUAUAUACGUAUUUGUACAUUGUGUACAGUCUUUAAUAAUAUGGCCAUUUUAUAGGGGUGAGAUUAAGAUCUUCACAAGCUUUUAUAUGAAUACAGACAGUUGACUGUUGGCUUAAGCAGAUUUUUGUACUACCAGGUUUUAUUGUUUAUGCCAGAGGCUAAGUAACAUUAUUUUAAUUACUUUUAUUCCAUUUUUACAGCAUUUUUGAGAAAAGGAGAUGAACAAAUAAAUACCUACAUAAAUGUAAAAUUUUGUUCAAUAUUUACCUAAGUUUUUGUUGGUAUAAACUAAUCUGUAAAAAUGAAAUAAAACUUGUUGACUUUGUUAAAAAUGUUUAGUGAUGAUUAGAAAACUUUUUGAAAUGGCUUAUGAAUUUAUAGGUACUACUGAUAAUGUGAAUGAAGGAGUGUGCAUUCCUUAUUUUAGUAUGUUAUGACAUAUCUGUGCAUUGCAUGAUAGUUGCCCCAUUAUACCUCAUAAGGAACAUAAUUUUGCAAGCUGAGAGUCCCCUGUCAGUAGCAUUCAGAAUGUUGCCUGAGCUAAAAUUUAUCUUUAUACAUUUCCUUAGCUCUUCAUGUUGUGGUAAGUUUAAUGACAGUGUGUAAUGUGAUUUCGUAUAUAAAAUUUUUUCUGUUGGGGUCAUAAUAGCCUAGUCAUUAUAUCCGAGUUACUUAAUAGUUUAAUAUAUUUGUAAGAGAUUAGUACAGUACUGUUAUAUGUUUUAGUUUUACAUUUUAUUAUGCAAACGUUUAAACUUAAGGCUAUGAAUUUGACAGAAUCCAGCUAUUUACUGAUUUCUUAAUAGCUCAUGUAAUAACACUACCCAUAAUAAGAAUGAAACUUAUAGUGGUUGACUAUGAAACUGUACAGUAUUAACCAUCAGAGGGUAGGAUAUUUUUAGGCUUAAACAAAAUAAUAUUGAGAGACUAUUUUUUUUCUUUUUAAUGUAUGACUACUUAUCUAUGUUAGUAAGGUAUAACAUGCAGUAGAAUACGCCAUAAAUUAAAAUACUCAAGAAUUUAUGUUAUAGCUCAAUACUUUCAAAAUUUUAAAAUCUACUUCAUUCAUAUUUUUACUUGGAAUAAGGGUAUUAAGUAAUGUGCACAAUAAAUAAAUUUUCAUUUUAUAAGUUGAAAAGCCCCAAAUGAUGAUAAAUCUAUAUUUUGCACAUGUGAAAGAAUAGCCAAAAUCAAUGUAACUUCUACAGAAAUAUAAAUAGGUAAACAGAAAAGCCAAUUUUGGAAAUUUUAAUAAAAGAAUAAAAAAUAAGGAUCAUUAAAACUCGACUGGCAAAUCAUCUUCCCUCCCUGUUCCAGUCUUAUGUGAUAAGUUUUGUGCUACCCACACAGAGCCUGGGAUGACGUUCAAAAUGAAGGAUGCAUAAAACAAGUUACAGGCCUGAACAUUUUUAUUGUUUUCAUACAUUUUUUUAAAUAUGAAAAGGAAAUUUAUUUUCACAUGUCACUCUAUGGUAAAUCCAAAGGGCCCUGCAUAGCUGACUGAAAUAAAUUGGCAACAUAGAUUAUAUCCUAAUUUUAGUAAUAACUGCAAGUUGUGCUUGUACUUCUUAUGGUACAUCCACACUAAAGUAAAAAACAUCAUAAACACAGGAAGCAGCUUUUACACAUCACAAUCAGAUUGAAAGUAAAUCAUCCAUUAUAAGUGGAGAAUGAACCUUUGGCCAAUAAUGAAUAAUCAUUUGACACUGGUUAGAACUACUAAUAAGUAAUUAACUAUUAUCCAACCUGUUUGUAAUGUCUGAGCAAUAAGUUCCUGACAUGUUUAUGACAUGUUUUACUGUAGUGCGGACAUGCCAUUAUAGAGAGUGUCAUUUUAGGUGCCCUUAUACUAUAGUAAAAUGCAUCGAAUUGCAUAUUACUGUUCAUGGAAAUAAUGAUUACUAGUACAUUUGUUAGACUAAAAAGCCUCGAUACUUAAUUUCAGUAAUUCUGACUAAACUGCUUUAUAAUAGUGUCUCUUUAAUAUGGUACUGAACCCAGUGAUUGUGACGUAAUUGCUAUAUUGUAAUGUGAGUGCCUUCAUUAUUAUGAAACCAAAAACUACUCAUCUCUUAUGUGUCUGCUUUAAAUCACCUAUAAUGGAAAGUUAUUGGGAAUUCCAAAUUAAAUCUUGUAUGAAAAAAUGGCUAAAAACUUUGGCUUUAGGAACACAUGUUGAUAGGUUUAAAAGAUUUAUUUGGUAAUAUUGUUUAAAUUAAAAAAAAUAUUGAAUAAAAAUUAGUUUGGUGAUCAAUUUUACUUCUGUUACAAGAAGAACAUAGAUGAGAUAUUGUAAAUGACUAUUUUAUUUUCACUUUUAAAUAUUGCAAUACUUCAAUCACAAAUGCAAUUUUUAAUGCUUUGAAAAUAUCUUAUGUGAAAAUAUCCUUCAGUAGUACAUAUUUUAUAUAA